AUAAUUGCCCGAUUUCAGGGCCAUGUGUAGUAGAGUAGAGAAUACUUCUCAAUUUGCAUGAAAUGGAGGAAUACAAAGACGUAAUUAACUCAUCAAACCAGCUCAUUCAGCAGGAGAAUGUCAUAAUGCCCGAAGAUGUUUGCCGAGAUUUUUUACGGAAUGUGUGUACCAGAGGCAACCGUUGUAAAUACAAACAUCCUAGGUGUGAAGAAGAACCCAAGGAUAUCAUUCAACUUCGACCUGGUGGUAUGGUAUUUUGCCAUGAUUUCCAGAAUACGGUAUGUACCAGGCUAAGUUGCAAAUUUGUUCAUCGAUCACGACAAGAUGAAGACUACUACAAACUCACUGGGGAACUUCCCAAACCCAACCCUGAGCUCAUAAUUUCCAAUGGAAGCCAAGAGAGUACUUUUGAAAGGGAAGUACCACUGUGUAAAGAUUUCUUAAAGCGAGAGUGUCAACGAGGGAAAAAAUGCAAAUUUCUCCAUGUGUCUGAAUCUAGAGGCUAUCAAAAUAAAACAGAGGAAUAUGACAUUCCUGAUGCCAAAAGACGCCAUAAUGAGGACCUGGACAAGCUUGAAUAUGGUUUCAGGAUUGGAGAAAGGAUGGUUGCCAACCCAUCUACUGUCCUGUGUUCUCACUGUAAACCAAUAAGCUUUCAUGCAAAAUCCCAUUCAUUUUGUAUGCAUACCAGUGGAUCAAACCAUUUAGAAUUUUGUGUUCUUCAUGAGGAAAACUUGUUGUUAAGGAAAAAAGUUGAGGAUUUGAAAAAACAAGUUGGUGAUCUUUUGGCGACAAACGAAUUUUUGCUGGAGCAAAAUGCCCAUUUCCGAAUUCAAGGGAAAUUUUCGACAUCAACCAGUAUAGCUACUGUAACGUUGCCAACCGUAACCUUGCCCAGCUCUGUAACGGUUCCAGUCACGACCUCCGUAACAGCAUUAGGCCCAUUGGGUUCGCUAUCAUCGGUUCAAACUGCACAGGCAUUGGUGACCACUCAGUCACGACCAACAUUGACUGCUUCUAUACCUUUUGCUACUUCAGUCCCUCUGACUCAACCAUCCCAAUUGGCAACAACAAUAGCCACCACUUUAGGCAUUGCUCCAGUCACAAUCAAUCAGACUACUGCAUUAGCAACUCAAAAUCCAGCGCUUUCAGCUGCUACAGCCACUGUGACGUUGACUCCUACAAUCAAUGCAGCAGCACUGCAGCUUCAAGGACCACAUCUCUCGGAUUCGGCAUUGACAUUUAGUGCUUCCAAUGGAGGAUCUCUUGUUUCCUAUCCAAUCAUGACCCAAAGUAUCUUGGCGCCAUCGGAGCUCAGGUCUACGCAUUGUGGCGUAACCGAUUUGUUUCGUUGAUAAGUAGCCAUUCUGAUGCUUCUUAUAACUUAUAAUUCCCCGUGUCUACUGACCCUUCUUCCUCGUGAGGACACCGAAAUCCUGGAAGAUGUACAUUUUUUUAUGGUUAGUUUGUUUGUUUUGCCGUUUUUUUUUACUCAGUUUCUCAAACAGGUUUAUGUUGCGAAAUGUUCGCGGAACCCAUCGUUAUUUUCAAAUUUAUGUUUAUAGAAAGACCAGUUAAAAUUCUGAACUUGCUGUAUAUUUUUCCCCUUUUUUAUGGAAAUCGCUAGCAAUACAGAAAUGGAACGCA